AUGGGGGAAGGAACCCCACCCCUUCCCACCUCCGCGCCCCACUCCUCUUUCUCCGCGCCGUCAGUCUCUCCAUUUCCCCCUCCCGCUCCCGUCCUCCCUCCCCCCUCUCGUGCUCUCCCUCCCCUCGCUUUCAUCCUCCUAUCCCCACCUCUCCAACCUCCUCUUCCAUCCCCCUCCCCUCUCCUCUCCUCCCAGCUCCCGCCUGCCCCACCCCUAGGAAGCCCCUCCCGUCGGGCAGCGCCGCCUUAUAAGCGGGUUCCCUGCCCGGGGGCGGCAGCGGCUGGUCGGCGGCAGCUCUGCUGGUGCGGGGGCGACGAGCCGAGGACCGAGCGACCGCGGCCGGAGCGCGCCGGCCACCGCCCGCACCGCCCUUCCGCCCGCCCUCCGGACGGCCGCAACCCUGCGGGUCUCCGCUCCAGACCCACCCCCGCCCCACCCCGCGCGCCUCUGCCGCCUCUUGCAGAGACCCAGCUUGCUGAGCGGCCGCCGCUGCCGCUGUCGCCGCUGCCGCCGCCACCGCGCCAGGUUCCGGCCGCGGCCACUCUCCGCCGUCCAGGGCCCCUCCGUCCCGGCCCCGGGACCCCGGCUCCCCGCCAGCUCCGGCCCCGGCCCCGGCACCAUGUCAGAGAAGAGCGUGGAGGCAGCGGCCGAGUUGAGCGCCAAGGACCUGAAGGAGAAGAAAGAGAAGGUGGAGGAGAAGGCAAGCCGGAAAGAACGAAAGAAAGAAGUGGUGGAGGAGGAGGAGAACGGAGCUGA